CACUCGUUCCAAAUACCACACAUAUUUCACGAAACGAGCCUACAAGAGGCAGUAUUAAACCACACUUAGUACAGCAGACCGCAUCCAAAGCAAUGUAUUUCAUAGAACUAAACAUCGUUCUAUCUUCUUGCCUAUACUUCUCUGAUGCACUUGGCAUCUUCGGCAUUCACAAUGAAUACAAAAUCAUGCAACAACUGCUAUCUUCGCUAUCAUUCGCAGAUUCAUCUGAAAUUUCUACUAAGUGGAUAGAGCAACCGUUAGACCACUUCAAUGAAACAGAAACCCGAACAUGGAAGAUGAGGUACUUCGAAAGACUUGAUCUUUGGAAAGCAAAAGGACCGAUCUAUCUGUUCAUCAACGGUGAAGGAGAGGCAAGCGACGUGUUUCUUCAAACAGGAAUAUUAUACGAUUUGGCAAAAGAAACGAAUGGUGCCAUGUAUUUGUCUGAACACAGAUAUUACGGGAAAAGUAAGCCAUUUCAAGAUUUGAACGGAGAAACUUUGGCGUAUCUCAGUUCUCGGCAAGCUCUUGCAGACGUAGCAAACUUACUUGAAGACAUAAAAAUGUCGCCAAUGUAUAAUGAAUCAAAAGUGGUGGUUGUUGGAGGUUCGUAUGCAGGAAACUUAGCAGCUUGGAUGAAACUCCUGUAUCCUGACCUGGUUGAUGCUGCAAUCGCCAGUAGUGCGCCAGUUCUGGCGAAGAAAAACUUCCACGAAUAUCUAGAAAGAGUUAAUUACGACUUUGAACAGUAUGGACCUGAUGGCUGCAUUAGUAGAAUAAGAGAAGUAUUUCAGAGGUACGAUGAAUUGUUUAAAACUAGUUCGGGGAUUGCUCAACUUAUGGAAGAAGAAGAGAUUUGUAAAGACGUAGAUAUGACGAAACCAGAAAACAAGCAGAUGUUCUUCUUAGACAAAGCUUCUAAUUUCAUGUUCGAAGCGCAAUACGGUAACGUUGACAGCAUUAAGUAUUUUUGCGAAGACGUGAAGAAAACCUUUCAUGUAAAUUCUCGUAUGGAAGAUAACGUGUUUUUGAGCAAAGAAGAAAACUGUUUCAACUAUGAUUUCGAUGAAAUGAUUGAACAUAUGAGGACCAUUGACUGGGCGAUGUCUUGGACUUAUCAGACUUGUACGGAAUUUGGUUAUUUUCCGACAACUGAUUCGAAAAAUCAGCCUUUUAAUAAUGUGCCUGAAGAAUUCUUUUAUUUGAUGUGUACUAAAGCUUAUGGGGAGAAGUUUAAUGAAAAACGGAUCGACGAAGGAAUUGAACUUUCAAAUUCGAUGUAUAGUGGCCUGCAACCUAAUCUUACGAACGUAGUAUUUGUGAAUGGCGAAUUGGAUCCUUGGAGCAGAUUAGGAAUAUUAGAAGACGUGUCGUAUGAUGCACCAGCGAAAAUGAUACCUCAAGCGUCCCACUGUAGAGAUUUGUUCUCAGACAGGUCGAAGGAUCCAGAAGAGUUAAAAGAAGCGAGGAAGUAUAUCAAAUAUUUAAUUAAGAAAUGGAUUGGUGCUGGAGAAUAUAAGAAACCUUAGUAUGUCCAUUGAUGUGUAAAUAAGUUAAAACUUAACUCAAAUAUUGUUUGUUCUGGAAAAGUUCUUGUACCUAUUGAAGUAAGGAAUUUUACUGAACAUUCAUAAUGAAUUGAUGGGUUUUGAUGCUCCAUAAUUAUAA